GAGAGAGAGAGAGAGAGCACAAGCGAGAAAGAGAGAGAGAGAGAGCACGAGAGAGAAGAGCACGAGAGAGAAAGAGAGAGAGAGAGAGAGAGCACGAGAGAGAAAGAGAGAGAGAGAGAGCACGAGAGAGAAAGAGAGAGAGAGAGAGAGCACGAGAGAGAAAGAGAGAGAGAGAGAGAGCACGAGAGAGAAAGAGAGAGAGAGAGAGAGCACGAGAGAGAAAGAGAGAGAGAGAGAGAGCACGAGAGAGAAAGAGAGAGAGAGAGAGAGAGCACGAGAGAGAAAGAGAGAGAGAGAGAGAGAGCACGAGAGAGAAAGAGAGAGAGAGAGAGAGAGCACGAGAGAGAAAGAGAGGAGAGAGAGCAGAGAGAGAAAGAGAGAGAGAGCACGAGAGAGAAAGAGAGAACAAGAGAG